UGUCACAUUGAAUAAAAAUAAAAAUUAAUGUCUUAAUGCUGAAUUACUUUGAUUAUUCAUAAUUGAUUAAACGUACCCGCAGUUUUAUUGAGUACCUAUGAUCUCGUCUAUUAAUUAACUAAAGUUAUAAUUUUUAUUACGAACAACGUUAGUGACUGUGUUCGUGCCAUUUUAUAAGACGAUUUUUUUUUCUUCGUAUUAGCGAUUCGUUUUACCUUUUCCAUCAUACACAAAAGUUGAAAUAUCAAAUAGAAUGAGUUAUAAAAAAUAAAAAUGAUAAUGGACUUAGAAAUUGAAAAAUAUGUGAAGAAGCAAAUCCAGCUCCAAAAACAAAUUGAGGAGUUGUUAGUUGAAAAAAAAAUGUUACAAGACCAAAUUUGUGUGCUCAAUGAAUGUUUAUCUUUAGAAAAAGUAAAUCGGAAAAUUUCUGAUUUGGAGAAUAAAAAAAAAAUACUGAUGUCGUUAGAAAGUAUGGUUAAUAAUUUAAGAACUGAUAUUAAACCAUUAGAGUAUUUAAAACAAGUUUUGCAUAGACAACUUAUGGUUUCCACUCUUCCUAAUAAUGAUUUAAAUAUUGAAGAGCAAAAAUGUUCAGAAAGUUUAUUAUUAACAUCUAAUAGCAAGUGUGCCACUGAAACAAUGGACUCUUUGAGUGACGUUAGCUCAGAAGAAAGUAUCAUGAUUUUAUCCGAUUAUGAUGUAGUUUCAGAUGAAGAACUUUUAAAUAAUUCAGAAAAACCUGUUGAAAACAAAGUUAUGUAUGAUGAAGCACUACUGAUGGCAGCUAGUGUGCAUUUAUCAUUGGUUGAUCAUUUAAUUCCAAAUGUUGGUUCAAUUGAAUCUUUAUUAAAUAAUAGUGACCAAGUAAAAGAUAACAAUUGUGUGCAAUCGAAUUCUAAAAGCUCUGUUCCGUUGAUGAAUACAAGUAGUAAAAGUGAACAGCUCUUAGACUUAUAUGAUGUUGUAAACGAAUUGGACCUUUUAAAUUGCAAUGGGAAUGAAAACAUUGAAAUUAAAUGUGUAAAAAGACAAGCUGAACCAACACCUUAUAAUGCACAUCUACCAUGUUUAUAUGAUGAGGAAAUUGAUAACAGUCGAAUAAACAAAAUAUAUAAUGAGGAAUGUAAUAACGUGUCAAAAUUAUUGGUUAAUGAUUCAUGGGUUAAGAUCAGCUCCAAUGAAAUUUCUGAUGAACAUUGUGUUUUUCAAUCAUAUACUGACUCACACAAAGACAACAAAGUGUCAAAAGUGAACAAAUGUAUAGAUAUUUAUGAUCAAAAUAUUAGUAAAAUGAAGAAUUUGGACUAUAGCUGUAACAAUGUUGAUUUUAAUUAUAAAAAUGAAAUUCAAAAGCCAGGUUGUUCGGUUAACAAUGAAGUGUACGCUAAAUCAUUAUCUUUCACUGAAAUCAAUGCACAAGAACAAUUCAAUGAAUUAGAAGAAAGUUUAAACACAGAAAUUCAAGAACAGAAUGAUAAUACAAACCAGUUUGUAUUAAAAGACAAUAUUGAAAUUAAAAAUCUUGAAAAUGUUUGCAAUGAUAAUGAUCAUAUUUAUAAGAGAGAAACUUGUAAUCUAGUCUUUCCAAAUAAUGUUAAAACAUAUGAAAUAGAGACUAUUUCAUCAUUAUCAUCGAGCACUGAAGAUUGUAAUGAAUCAAACAAAUGCAAUGAACAAAGAAUAAACACUGAGGUAGAAAGUCAUGUUUUUAAUGAUCAACUAUAUAAUCACCAAUUUGAAUCAAAACACAUUAAUGACAUAAAGAGUUUUAAGAAUAUUUGCAAUUCUGUUAUUCAUUAUAAUGAAAAUGAAAUUCUUAAUCCAGUUUGUUCAAAUAAUAAAGUUAAAAUUACAUCUUCUUUGUUUGAUACUGAAGAAUUGAAUAAUUCUUUGGCCAAUACUAAUGAUAAACCGUCAUUUAUUAAUAAUAACGAAAAGCCAAUGCUGUUAAAUCAUACUGUAGACCUGAAGAAUGAAUUGUUAAAUGGUAUUCAUCAAUAUGGUAUUCAGGAUCUAAUGUCCUUGCAACAGCUAUGUCUGUCYCAUUAUGUUAACGGACGUGAUGUUAUUUUUCACUCAUACCCCUGUGUUGGGAAAUCAAUGGUGGGCUUCAUCUCAGUGUUGCAAAGGAUUAACACUAGUUUAAAUGAAUGUCAAGCUAUUGUAUUAGUUCCAACAUUAGAAUUGGCGCUGUCUGCUCAAAAGACAAUGAAAUCAAUUGGGAAAUUUUUAAAUGUUUCUACAUGUAUUGGUGGUACCAAUGUUCCUCGUAAACUUUCACCAGUUCCUCAUGUAGUGAUCAGUACUUUACAAGGUUUGUGUGAAAUGAUCAAUUGCAACUCACUAUGUAAAGAUUUUAUAAAAAUGCUUAUAAUUGACGAUGCAGAAGAAGUAUUUAAAUGCAAUGGAUUUUUUAAUAAGAUUAGAUAUAUUUUGUUAUUCCUUAACAAUAACCGACAACUUAUUAUUAUGUCUACUUCAAAAAUAGAGGAAAUUUUAGAUCAGUUUUCUGACUUGAUGAAGAAUCCUGAGUAUAUAUUAGUACCAAAUGAAAAACCUUCAUUGAAUGAUAUAUUGCAGUAUUGUGUUAAUGUACCCGAAAAAUGGAAAUUUGAUGCGUUUUGUGAACUCUACAAGGAGCUCAACUUAAUAAAUACUGUUGUUUACUGUAAUUCAUGGAGCAAGUCUCUAGGAAUAGCAGAAAACAUGCGUCUUAAAACAUGUUUAGUAUCGGCUGUAAAUAAUGAUAUGGAUACUCAUCAGCGGCAUCAAAUAUUACAUCAGUUUCAAUCUGGUACUAGCAGAGUGUUAGUUACUGCUGGAUUACAGAGAGGUGAGAAUUUUUCAGAUGUAGCUUGGGUURUAAAUUACGAUCUUCCUAAAAGUUCUAAAGAUUAUGUGCGUAAAAUUGUCAGUUUUUUUGGCCGCAAAGUGAAAGUAAUUAAUUUCAUCACCACGAAUGACAAAAUAGCCCAAAAAGAUAUUGAGACUGAAUUUAAUAUAAAUAUGCUUAAUUUAUCCCAGGAUAUAACUAAUUUAUGUUUAUUUAAUUUGUAA